GCGGUGUCUCGAUCGGUCCCGUUGGCUCGAGCGCUCGGCGCGAGCUCGCGCGAAUCCUCGCUUCCGUGAUGGCCGCCCUGAGUCCCUGAGUCCGCGGCAUCCGCGGAUCCCGCGGGGCAUCUAGUCGACGGCCAUGGGUACGCAAAAACCAGGGGAAUGGGCCAAUUGGCUGAUCACAAGAUUCGAGGAACAGCUGCCUUGCCGAGCGGGUCCCCAGAGCACGCAUUCCCGCAUGAACGAGGAGAAAAAUAAAAAAUGUCUCAUCCAAAUAUCCCGAUACCGUUUCUCCCUGGUGAUAUCCGGCCUGACGAAAAUGCUGCAGCGGGUCAACGAGUUGAUUCCCUGUACCGGCGGUCAGCGUUCCUUUCAUUGCACCGACCAGGACCGUCAUUGUUACGAGUCCAUUGUCAUCGUCCUCGACACCCUGGAGCGGUGCUUGAGCAACCAGCCCAAAGACACGACCAAAUUCGACGAGGCUAUGAAUGUCAAGUUACUGCUCAGAGAGAUCUGCCAGUUUAUCGAUAUAUCUAACGAUGGCCCUCAACAUGCUCAUCUCAAGAAUCUAGCGAGUAAGGUUCUCUUCGCUUUGAGUCUAAACUUUUUCAACGCCGUGUUCAACCGGAUCUCGGCUCGUCUUCAGGAAUUGUCAGUCUGCAGCGACGAAAAUCCGGAUUACGGGGACAUCGAACUGAUUCAGCAUAUCAACGUGGACGUUCACCGACUUACAAGGCUAUUAAACGAGACUAUACAAAAGUUUCGACAGUUGAAGAAGUCGGCGCACCUCGUUUUGGCGAAUUCCUUGGAAAAAGCGAUUUGGAAUUGGAUGGACACGUAUCCCCAGGAAUUCGCGGAUCUUCAGAAACGGCCUAAUGAGGAUUUAGGGAAAGCAUGUGGCGAGCUUUUCGAUAUUCUGGACACAUUUGCAGACAACAAAAAGGGACGAGCCGCGGUUAUUUGGCCUCUACAAAUUAUGCUCCUGAUUUUAUCUCCUAAAGUUCUGGAGGAAAUCGUUAACGCGGAUUCUGGGGCACCGUGCUCCCCUAAACAUUCGAAGAAGAAGCAAUUUAUUGACAGCGUGAAGCGGGGCCUAGGAGUUCACGGUAGUUCCAGCAGGCAACUCGCAGAAGCUGCAGCUGUCACCUGCGUAAAGCUUUGCAAAGCUUCCACAUAUAUAAACAACUUAGAUUCCAACAAUGUGAUUUUCGCCCUUGUGCAACACGUUAUAAACGACCUAACCGCGUUGCUCUUCAACCCCUGCAAGCCUUUUUCCAGGGGUCAGAGCUACGUCGCCCAAGACACCGACCUAAUGAUAGACUGUUUUGUCAGCUGUUUUCGCAUCAAGCCUCACAACAACGAAGUACUUAAAGUUUGCCUCAAUUUGAACUCACCCUCUACGUAUCAAUUUGUACUUGUUAGCUCGUUAUACAGAAUCGUUACGCAACCAAGACUGUCCUGGUGGCCUCAAAUAGACCUCGUGUACUCUCGCAGUGCAGAGUUGCGAAGUAUGUUCACGGAUACUUUGAAUAAAGUUACGCAAAGUUAUAUAUCACCGACGCCGUUACGAAUGAUUCAAAGUUUAACACUCAAAGGUAAAGAGCAGAGCAAGUACCGCGAUCGGGGAGAGGAGGUUUCUAGUUAUAGGAAUCUGCUCCUGUGGAUGGUACGGCUAAUACAUGCUGAUCCGAUGUUAAUGUUGAACAAUCAAGGGAAAGCAGGACAUGAGAUCCAGAGUUCAACUUUAGAACUGAUCAAUGGAUUGGUAUCUCUGGUGCAUCAACCGACCAUGCCAGAUAUCGCACACGAAGCGAUGGAGGCUUUACUGGUGCUCCACCAUCCAGAUAAAAUUAGAGUUUGGAAUCCAGAAGCUCCUAUCAAUACGUUUUGGGACGUUAGCUCCCAAGUGUUGUUCUCGAUAUCGCAGAAAUUAAUUCAGCAUCAGAUAGUUAAUUAUACAGAUAUUUUGAAGUGGCUCCGAGAGAUCCUCAUGCGUAGAAAUGCAUUUCUUUCGCAGAACAAAGAUUAUGCUAAUGUAGGCAGUCAAAUCGCCAUCUGCAAGCAAGCACAUAUUAAGCUUGAGGUAGUGUUCUUCAUGUACCUGUGGAGUAUCGACAUGGAGGCCGUUCUAGUCGCAAUGUCUUGCUUUGCUCUUCUUUGCGAGGAGGCUGAAAUCCGCUGUGGGAGCGACGAGGUUGCUGUAACUUGUCUGCUUCCUAAUUACCAUCUAUAUGUCGAAUUGGCUCAAGCUUCGACAGUAUUAACAACUGCCAGCGGUGAAAGUAGGAUUUGUUAUCACGAGCACAAUCAUGGACGUGCAGCACUGCAAAAAAGGAUCAUGGCGUUGCUUAGAAAGAUAGAGCACUGCGUGAACGGUGUCCAACCCGCUUGGGAAGAAACGUUCAGAAACUGGGAGUCCACCUCGCGGCAGCUGUCGAAUUAUCCAAAGACAAAGGCCGAAGAUGGACAAUUGGAAUCCUUUCAUCGUAUCACUGGGAAACGUAGAGCAUCGCAUCAGAACUCGGAACAUGAAUUGGAAGAGCAAAUUAAUGAGUGGGCGAACAUGACGGGAUUUUUGUGUUCUCUCGGAGGCGUUUGCCUUCAAAGACGAUCUUCGGGAAGACCCAUAUCGGGUACAUUGACAAAUCCCGAGCCCAAGAAAAGCUCGACGAAACAAGAUUCUCCAGCCUGUUUAACCAACCCUAGCCAAGAUGUCCAGUAUUGUCCAGUCACCCAGUUCGUUUUCAAUCUCUUACGACUUUUGAUAUGUAAUAACGAAAAGUUUGGAGCACAAAUUCAUAAACACGUGAAAGAGUUGGUCGGACACGAAAUGAGCCCAGCUCUUUAUCCUAUACUCUUUGACCAAAUUAAGAGCAUUGUUGAGAAGUUUUUUGAUCAGCAAGGCCAAGUGAUCGUUACUGAUGUAAACACGCAAUUUAUAGAACAUACGAUAUUCAUAAUGAAAAAUGUCUUGGAUUCGAAAACAGAUCAGCCAUCCGAGUAUCUCGGGAUGACUAGCAUUGAAGGAAUGAUGCUGGCUAUUGUCAGAUAUGUACGACAUCUUGACAUGACAGUACACGCGAUACAUAUCAAGACUAAGCUUUGUCAGUUGGUGGAAGCAAUGAUGAAGAGACGAGAUGACUUGGCAUUUCGACAGGAAAUGAAAUUUAGAAAUAAAUUAGUGGAGUACCUCACGGAUUGGGUAAUGGGCGCAACACAUCAAAUUGCGCCAUCAAGUGUUGAAGAUGUUACAAUAAUUACUAGUGUGUAUUCUAGGGACCUGGAUCAGGCCUGUAUGGAAGCAGUUGGAGCAUUAUUACGUGGACUACCUCUGCAACCAGAAGAAUCGGAUCGUGGUGAUCUAAUGGACGCAAAAUCGCAGCUUUUCCUAAAAUAUUUUACCUUGUUCAUGAAUCUACUCAAUGACUGUAAUGAUGCCGCGACCGAAGAGAAGGACGUUGUUUCCAGGCAGCGAUUCACGACUGGGAAGCUCUCCACCUUAAGGAACGCUACUAUCCAAGCGAUGAGUAAUUUACUCAGCGCAAACAUAGACAGUGGCUUAAUGCAUUCAAUCGAUCUCGGCUAUAACCGCGACCUGCAGACACGUGCAGCUUUUAUGGAAGUGCUGACUAAAAUUCUCCAACAAGGAACAGAAUUUGACACACUGGCGGAAACUGUUUUAGCUGACAGAUUUGAACAACUUGUUCAGUUAGUUACUAUGAUCAGUGAUAAAGGCGAAUUGCCUAUAGCGAUGGCCCUGGCUAAUGUCGUCACGACCAAUCAGAUGGACGAGCUGGCAAGAGUCUUCGUUACGCUUUUUGAUGCCAAGCAUUUAUUAUCGCCUUUAUUAUGGAACAUGUUUUACCGUGAGGUGGAGGUCUCAGAUUGUAUGCAAACACUGUUUAGGGGUAAUAGUCUUGGCAGUAAAAUAAUGGCUUUUUGCUUUAAAAUAUACGGUGCCAGUUACUUACAAGGAUUGCUAGAACCUCUUAUCAGACCUCUUUUGGAUGAUCCAAUGACGAGCUUUGAAGUUGACAGUGCAAGAAUCGAUGCAAAUGAAGAUAUAGAACGGAACGGUCGGAAUUUGAUCGCUCUUACUCAAAAAGUUUUCGAUUCCAUCGUCUCUUCGGCGGAUAGAUUUCCACCGCAAUUGAGAUCGAUGUGUCACUGUCUCUAUCAAGUGCUAAGCAAAAGAUUUCCCCAGUGUCCUCAAAACAAUAUCGGUGCAGUUGGAACUGUGAUAUUUCUGCGUUUCAUUAAUCCGGCCAUUGUCUCACCCCAAGAAAUGGGAAUCGUGAAUAAGCAGGUACCUCCUCAAGUGAAAAGAGGACUUAUGUUAAUGUCCAAGAUUCUGCAAAAUAUUGCUAAUCACGUGGAAUUUAGCAAGGAGCAGCACAUGCUGCCUUUCAACGAUUUCCUCAGAGCUCACUUUGAGAUUGGUCGAAGAUUUUUUAUUCAAAUAGCAUCCGACUGCGAGACUGUCGACCAAGCGAAUCACCCGAUGUCUUUCAUAUCGGAUGCCAAUGUUUUGGCUUUACAUAGACUGCUGUGGAAUCACCAGGAACGAAUUGGAGACUAUCUGAGUAGUAGCAGGGACCAUAAAGCUGUGGGUAGGCGGCCUUUUGAUAAAAUGGCCACUUUGUUGGCUUAUUUAGGACCUCCUGAGCACAAACCAAUCGACUCGCAUCUACUGUUUUCAUCAUCUUACGCUCGGUGGUCCAGCAUCGAUAUGUCUUCUACUAACUUUGAGGAGAUAAUGGUGAAGCAUAAUAUGCACGAGAAAGAGGAAUUCAAAAGUAUCAAGACACUUAAUAUUUUUUAUCAAGCGGGAACAAGUAAGCAAGGCUAUCCGGUAUUUUAUUACAUCGCUAGGCGUUAUAAAAUCGGGGAGACAAAUGGCGAUUUGUUAAUAUAUCACGUAAUCUUGACCUUGAAACCAUUUUGUCAUUCGCCAUUUGAGCUCGUGGUUGACUUUACCCACACAUGUUCGGAUAACCGCUUCAGAACAGAGUUCCUGCAAAAAUGGUUCUACGUUUUACCUGAGGUUGCUUACGAAAACAUUCACGCAGCUUACAUAUAUAACUGUAAUAGUUGGGUGCGGGAGUACACCAAAUUUCAUGAUAGAAUAUUAGCACCCUUGAAAGGUAAUCGUAAGGUAGUUUUCAUCGAGGGUCCAGGUCGACUGAACGACGUGAUCGACGUCGAGCAACAAAAAUUGCCGGGAGCAACGUUGUCUCUCGAUGAAGAUCUUAAAGUUUUUACCAGUGCUUUGAAGCUCUCGCACAAGGACACCAAGAUAUCCGUCAAGGUGGGCCCAACUGCGAUUCAAAUCACUUCUGCGGAGAAAUGUAAGGUGCUCUCCCAUUCUGUACUUCUGAACGACGUAUAUUACGCCUCCGAAGUCGAAGAAGUAUGCCUAGUAGACGAUAACCAAUUUACAUUAACCAUUUCCAACGAGGCUGGCCCAUUGUCGUUUAUCCACAACGACUGCGAUAGUAUCGUCCAGGCCAUUAUCCAUAUCAGGAACAGGUGGGAACUGUCGCAGCCGGAUUCCAUGUCUGUCCAUCCGAAGAUUAGGCCUAAAGAUGUUCCUGGUACCCUCCUAAACAUGGCCCUGCUGAAUCUUGGCAGUUCGGAUCCUAAUCUUCGCACGGCGGCGUAUAAUCAGCUGUGUGCCUUGACAGCAACCUUCGACCUCAAGAUAGAGGGCCAAUUGCUAGAAACCUCAGGCUUGUGCAUUCCUUCAAACAACACGAUCUUUAUUAAACAUCUUAGCGAGACAUUAGCUGCUAACGAUCCUCAUUUGACUUUAGAAUUCCUAGAGGAGUGCAUUCAAGGUUUUCGAGUAUCUACCAUUGAGCUGAAACAUCUCUGCUUGGAAUACAUGACCCCCUGGUUGAACAAUCUUGUACGCUUUUAUAAACCUAACGACGAAGGUGGGAAACGCCAGAAACAAGUCACUCAGAUACUGGAAAAGCUGAUCACUUUGACAAUCGAGGAAGUUGAAAUGUAUCCGAGUAUACAGGCGAAGAUUUGGAGUACCAUAGGUAGAUUGCCAGAUCUUAUAGACAUUGUCUUGGACAAUUUUAUCCACAGAAGCGUGCGUUAUGGAUUAGGAUCGCCGAUGGUGGAGAUCAUGGCUGAUACUGCGGUUGCCUUAGCUUCUGGAAAUGUACAGCUCGUCGCAAAGAAGGUCAUUGGUCGCCUUUGCAGAGUCGUUGACAAGACUUGCACGUCUCCCACGCCUCUUUUGGAGCAGCACAUGAUGUGGGAUGACAUCGCUAUCUUGGCGCGGUACUUGCUGAUGUUGUCUUUCAAUAAUUGCCUAGACGUGGGGAAACAUCUGCCUUAUUUGUUUCAUACCGUCACGUUUCUCGUUUGCUCUGGGAGCCUAAGUAUGCGAGCUUCCACUCACGGCCUCGUAAUUAAUAUCAUCCACUCUUUAUGUACCUGCAAUUCACCUUCCUUCUCGGAAGACACCUACAGAGUUCUCAGGAUGAGCCUGGAUGAAUUCUCUCUGCCGAAAUUUUAUUUGUUAUUUGGGAUCAGCAAGGUUAAAUCGGCUGCUGUAACUGCCUUCAGAUCGAGCUAUAGACAUACUAAUGAGAAGUGGUUUGGAAAUGAACGUAACGUUGGAGCAAGCCAGGACAGAGAGAGACUUGCUCUUACCAGUCUAGAAGUUAUUACCGAUGCGUUACUGGAAAUUAUGGAGGCUUGUAUGAGGGACAUUCCUAAGUGCGAUUGGUUGAAAACCUGGACGUCACUUGCAAAGAGUUUUGCUUUUUGCUUCAAUCCUUCCCUACAACCUAGGGCUCUUAUUGUUUUUGGAUGUAUCAGUAAAAGCAUCACGGACCAAGAUGUUAAGCAACUUUUGAGGAUUCUAGUCAAAGCUCUUGAGAGCUUUAAUGAUAUUACGCUUUUGGAAGCCAUCGUUAUGUGUUUGACUCGUUUGCAACCACUUCUUAGGCCUGAAUCUUUAAUACACCGAUACUUAUUCUGGGUAGCUACUUCGGUACUCCAACUUGACGAAGCAUCUCUUUAUGCCUCCGGAUUGGCUUUACUCGAACAAAACUUACAUACUCUCGAUUCCCAGGGCACAUUUGACGAUAAGACCCUCGAACGGGUAAUGAUGUCGACAAGAGAACCUUUGGAAUGGCACUUUAAACAACUGGACAAUGCCGUUGGACUCUCUUUUAAGUCGAAUUUCCAUUUUGCUUUGGUGGGCCAUCUUCUAAAGGGUUAUCGUCAUCCUACACCGACCACUGUAACCAGGACGGCAAGAGUCCUGACGAUGUUGUUAGCCAUCGUCGCGAAACCUUUUAGACGGGAUAAAUUCGAAGUGACUCCUGAAAGCGUCGCAUAUCUUGCAGCUCUGGUGUCAGUAUCGGAAGAAGUUAGAAGCAGGUGUCACAUCAGACACUCCAUUGGCAGAAAUUCUGCUGAUUCUGGAAGUACCGAUUUUCUAGACACAUUGUCGCCGCCACAAAGUUCCGAAUCGUCCAGUGGCACAGUCAAUCCAACAAGUCGAAGACAAAAGUCCUGGGACCUUCUAGACCAGUCGGCAAUCGUCCAAGCCAGACAGCAAAAACAACACGCACCUCAUCCGACGGGCCGGAAUUUAUUUAAAACCCAGAGGUCCUUCUCCGUGCCGACCGCUAAGGAGACCAAAGCGGAUGAUGACUCGGAACCAAAGAACCGUAGCUCUAGAGUAAGCGUCAGUAAUGAGAACAACGUGCUGCUGGAUCCUGAAGUCUUGACCGACUUCUCAACGCAAACGUUAGUUUUAACUGUGCUAGCGACACUCGUUAAAUACUCCACGGACGAAGGCGAAACGCGAAUUCUCUAUCAGUACCUGGCUGAAGCUUCGGUCGUCUUUCCGAAGGUAUUUCCGGUUAUACAUAAUUUGCUGGACGCAAAAAUCAACAGUGUACUUUCGUCUUGCCACGACCAAGUCAUUUUAACUGCUGUGCAGAAUAUUAUACAGAAUAUGAUAGCUUGCGAGGACACGAGCCAGCAGCAACUGCACUACCUACAAAGUUGUGGUUUCGGAGGCCUAUGGAGAUUUGCUGGACCAUAUACGAAGUGUAAUUGUACUGCAGAGAGCGCUGAGCUUUUCGUCAACUGUUUAGAGGCUAUGGUAGAAACUUGCUUGCCAGUUGAAGAAUGCGAUGUCAGCAACGAGCCUACUGUGGAAGGGUCAAAACGAGCGGAUGGUAAUCGGAUGAGCUCUUCCUCGAGCGUAACUUCUUCUACUUCAAGCUCUACGGAUUGCUCAGCUGCACCACAUGUACACAAUGAAGAAGGUGAUAAGAACGGCAAAGGGAAAGACUCGUCGAUUCUUCAAGAUCAGAGCGAUAUAGGACGCGAGGCACAGAGCCCAGGACAAGGAAGUCGAGUCGAAGGCGUAAGUCGUAGUAAUGAUGGUCGUGCACAUCCCUAGCGGUUAGUCUGCCACUCUGGAUGACGUCGUGGCGACCAGGAACCAGGAUAUGUCGGCCAGUCAAUGCAGAGACCCUCGAGGAAUCCAACGGUCUUGGGUCCAUGCUAUUGCUGCUACAUGUCCAGCCAGAUCAACCCUGUACCGUCCACCUCCAACUAAUGAGGCACGACGAAGGUAUAAAAGGAUGUCAGUACUGCAGAAACUUAACGGUUUUGCUUAUCCGUGACGUAACUUUGAUCCGAGGUAUAAAUACCGAAGACAAAUGACUUGCUACUGUAAGAAGUUUGCUGCUUUGGAAGCUCUAAGGUCAUACCGAAACCACGAUGGAAUGAAUUCGGAUAUUUUUCGACUCGCUUCCUUGCACCAGAUAGCAGGGAAUACAGGCGGUCACAUCGAAGUCCCGAGGGACAAGCUACAUCCGAUAAGAAUAUCGAAACACCGCGAGACUUAUUCGACAGACAACGAUCGAGCCUACGACUUGGCGCGCUUCUCGCUUCGCGCUUUCGGAGCGAGUACUUGGGGCCCUUCGUAAGCUAAUCACCAUUUAAUCGGUUAUUUCCUAUUUAGAAAAGUACAAAGUGAGAUCACGCCUGUGACCCUGAUCCUGCAGCCAUCUACAGAUAGAUGUAGCUACUUGUAGAACGAUUGCGACGUCAUGCAAGCCGGUUAUGUCGUUACAAAGCUCAAUUUAUUUCUCUUGCUAUGUAUUAUUUGUAAUUUAAAGUUUAAUCGUCGGUGGAGCUCCGCAAUGAGCGAUCCGCUGUUAAAAGCGGCCUCGUAUUCGAUCCGGCUAACAUUUUGUACGGUACCGUGGAUCGGUAAAACAAUUGUUAGACAAUGUCCACCUGCUGCGGGCGGCGUGUACUCGGAUGAUUGUAAAGUCGCAAGAUAGUCACAAAGGAAUUGAACAAACGGACUUUUCCUUUGGUUUCUUUCGCUUUGAUGGAAGGAUUUGAUAGAGUGAUGUACAGUCUGAAUGGAACCGGUGAAAUUCAGAAUACAACGUGUACAUCUACGAAUGUAUAGAUAGACGUAUAGACUGCUUGGAAGGGCGGACCAAAAAUAUGCUAUAGAAAUGUGGAUCGCUUAAUUUAAAUCGUUUUGCACUUUAUUUUCUAAGGAAAGUCGGUACCGAUCUGUCAAAUUCUUCUAUCUGGAAGAGAGUUCAUGAUACAUAUAUAUCUAACGAAUAAAUUUAAUAGAUUCUUUAUCAUUGUGAAUGUUUUGAGGAUGUUUAGAACUUUAAAUAAAAGUUUAAUAAAUGUUUUAAAGCGAUGUGGAACCGUAGAUAAAAAUGUUCUUUUAAAAAUCAGUUUGGGAAACAUCUUUCGGAACGGAACUUGAGAGAGUUAAGGAAUUCCGUAAUUCAGAAUUAGCGGAAAUUCUGAUAAGGAAUAGUCGAGCCAUUGCGCUGUAACGUUAAUAGUAGAAUGGCCGUGCGCACAAUGACGAUAGUAGUAAAUGGGGGAUAAAUAAUCUGCGAGCAUAUUUGAAUAUUUUCUUGCCACCUAAAAUCUAAUAUUUAAGAUUACCACCAUAGUAUCGAUCAUAGCUGAUAUAUUGAUUCGUUCAUAUGUCACUGCGGAGAGACUAACGUAAAUGUUGAUCUCCAUAAUACAAUUCUCAGGUACCUUUGUCUUUAGACCAAAUUUUAGGAAUUAAAAGAAAAAGGAAGAAAUCGUUUGUUCAAAUAUUCUCGAGACAAUGCGACACAGACCAUUAUAUUGUAUGGAAUUAUCCUGGAAAGAUAUACCUCAAAAGCCGAAGUUUUGUUAAGUGAACUGCAUACGCGAUCCUUCGUUUUAAAGUGGCACUAUAUUUGUAUUUUUACAGGUGUGAAUAAUAGUCCAGUCGAUGAAUGCGAAUCUGUCGGGAGCAUGUGUUGCAUUUGAAGGUACUUGUAAAUAUAUAUAUUUCUGACGUAGACAUUCGUACUAGAAUUACGUACGGAUGAUUUUGUAAGUGCGUAUGCGAAAUCGAUCACAGUAAUGCUCCUUCACAUCAACGUCGACGUGUGUGAAAUUCUUUGUAAUAUGUCAGAUUGCUUUUACUAGUCCGAUGAUAUACGAAAAAUAGUAACCAUGAUUCUUUGGUUUUGAUCAUUCCGCGCUUUUGAGUUACCAGUGUGAUAGAUUGUUACGUUAAAAUUGGCGAAUUUUUUCUUAGCCGUGGAUAGAUUAUUUAGAAUUAAUUCAACUUUUAAAACCCAUGAGAUCGACUACAUCAUACGUCUGUCUAAUUUGUUCGUAAUGAAUAUCUGAAAUACCUAUCAUUUCAUGAACGUGUCAAUAUACUUUUAAGGGGAUAUGAAAGGGUUAUUCUAUAUAUAUGAAACGUCAAAAUAUUUAUAAACCUUCUCCAAACUGAGUGGGCCAAAUCAUUUGAA